ACGACGAACAAUUUUCGCACCCAGACUCGGAGAAUAAUCAAAUCUCCUGCCGUUAGGGUUUCGCUGCUGCUUGCCCCACUCGGAAUCCAUUCUGAGUAUUGCCGCUGUCGGAUUGGAUCGUGGUACGUGACGCCUCAUGGUUUCUGGUUCCGUGCGUUCUCUGGUUCCCUGCGUGUCAGCAUAUCCAUCGAGCUCUAGACCGUUCGUUUUGGUGCAAUACUGCGACUAUUGUGCUCGUUUUAGCUGCCGUAGAAUUCCCGUGAAUGCUUUUGGAUGACAAAUCGAAUCGGGCUGCUUGGUCUGUUACCUUGAGGGGUGCACGUAGUUGCUGUUUGUGGCGUAACAUCGAAAGAUUGCUGUAUCCAGCGAACUGUGUGUUGCGGUGGUCCGGGUUCCGAACAGCGAAAAUUUUGAUGCAAAGUCAGCGUGAGGAAUGGGAAGUUCGUCGGAUGUGUUGACGGAUGAAGCUGAAGACAGUGGGGAUGAGAAUGUCGAUACCGGUCAGUUCAAGGAAGGCGAGAAAGUUUUAGCCUAUCAUGGCCCUCUUAUCUACGAUACAAAAAUUCAGAAAGCUGAGUUUCGGAAGAAGGAAUGGAAAUACUUCGUGCAUUACCUGGGAUGGAGUAAGAACUGGGACGAGUGGGUUGGUGCGGACAGAUUGAUGAAGCCAACGGAGGAAAAUCUUGAAAAGCAGAAAAAACUCUUCAAAAAUCAGACAGGGGAUAAGCUAUCGAAAGGCCGAGUGCCUGCGGGGAAGCAGAAAAGCGCCGCUGAGAAAGACGAAUCUAAAACCGAGAACAAGCCAUCCGUCGGACGAGGGAAGAAAAGGAAAUCUGAUCCAGUUUCUGAAGCGAAAAGUCCCGAGGAGCCUGAUCACGCUUUGAAGAUACCUUUGCCUGGCACCUUGAAAAGACAGCUGGUGGAAGACUGGGAAUUCGUUACUCAAAUGGGGAAGCUGGUAAAGUUACCUCGAUUUCCAUCUGUUCAAGAUAUCUUCAAAAAAUACACAGACUUCAAGACAAAGAGAGAUGGUGUAGUGGAGGACUCGUUAGUUGAGGUUCUGAAUGGUUUGAGAAGCUACUUCGACAAAUCUCUUCCGGCGAUGUUAUUAUACCCCCAGGAACGAGCCCAGUACGCUAGUGCAGUGCCACAUGGAAGCGACAUUAGUCCCAGCAGCAUAUACGGGGCAGAACACCUGCUUCGGUUAUUUGUUAAGUUGUCCGAGUUGCUUGUGUAUACAAACAUGGAGCAUGAAGCAUUGACCCAGCUGCAACAUAAAUUGGCGGAUUUUCUGAAGUUUCUCCAACGGAAUCAGAGCAACUUCUUUCUUACCAGUUAUGGUUGAGAUGCAGUUGUAGAUAUGAUAUUAUUUUCAUUGGAUUGUUUAGGGCCUCAUUGUAUUUUAAUUAGAUCAAAAAUGGUCUUCAUUGUUUUGUACA